AAAAAUAAAUAAAUUUCAACACAAUUAACAUUAUAUUCUCCGCUCAACGUUCUCAAUGAAGACACGCUUUUCGACGUAUUUUCUUGUUAUUCAUUGAAAAAAAAAAACUAUUGAUUUUCUGCUUCUGAGUAAACUUUUUCUCCUGUUUUUGAUAAAGUUAUAAAUACGCAACUGAAACGACUCAACGAUUGAUCAAAUAGAGACACAAAUAAUGAUUUUAUCAUCAAAAGUUUGCAAAGAUGUGAAAUUGAGGCACAAAUUAGGGUUAAAUUGAUCGUAGUUUCGUGCAACUGAAGCUUUUGAGCGGGAACAGGGGAGUUGCAUGAGACUGGUUUCCUCUGAUUUGCCUACUUCGCGGCGCUUGAGCAGUUCGAUUGUCAAAUAUGACGACAUAGCGGACAGUUUUUUCUGACUGGAAUUAAUUGUUUCCAGCUUUUUGCCAUCCAUAGAAUAGUGGGCCGUGCGAUUGGGCGCGAGUGUCUGUGAAAUGUUGAGACCGUUGGGAUCGCGUUUGGGUGUUUUGGGUCGCUUUUGGGGCAUUGGCGGCAGAAGUUUUUCCGCCGAUCCACCACCUGUUGCUCCCGGAAAGAGCAUUUUGGGCGACAGGGAGUCGCCCACGCUGACGGACACUUUCGGGCGCCACCACACGUAUCUGAGGAUCUCCCUGACGGAGAGAUGCAAUCUGCGGUGUCAGUAUUGCAUGCCAGAGGAGGGCGUGCAGCUCACGGCUGGCGGUGAGUUGCUGACCAAUGCGGAGAUGUUCAAGCUGGCGGAGUUGUUUGUCCGCGAAGGAGUGAGGAAGAUCAGGCUCACUGGCGGUGAGCCAACAGUGCGGAAGGAUAUCGUCGAGAUUGUGGGCACACUGAAGAGCAUCCCGCAGCUGGAGAGUGUCUCAAUCACCACGAAUGCUCUGGUGCUCACGCGAAUCCUCGUGCCGCUGCAGAGAGCCGGUCUGGAUGCCUUGAAUAUCAGCCUGGACACGCUCGUGCCCAAGAAGUUCGAGAAGAUCACCCGUCGCCGGGGCUUUGAGCGUGUCAUCGCUGGAAUCGACCUGGCCAUUCAGCUGGGAUAUCGUCCGAAAGUGAAUUGCGUGGUGAUGAAUGGCCUGAAUGAGGAGGAAAUUGUGGACUUUGUGGAGUUCACAAGGGACAGAAAUGUCGACAUUCGCUUCAUUGAGUACAUGCCAUUCUCCGGGAACAAGUGGGAGACGGAGAAGAUGGUCUCCUUCCGCGAUAUGUUGUCUCUCAUCAGGGCGAAGUAUCCGGACUUUCAUGCCCUGCCAAAUGGACCAAAUGACACUUCCAAGGCCUUCAAAGUUCCCUCCUUUGCCGGCCAAGUGGGCUUCAUCACAUCCAUGACGGAGCACUUCUGUGGCUCCUGCAAUCGCCUCCGGAUCACAGCCGAUGGGAACCUGAAGGUUUGUCUGUUCGGGAACACGGAAGUCUCCUUGAGGGAUGCUCUGCGCGGCGGAUGCUCAGAAGGUGAUCUGGUGGCUCUCAUCUCAGCAGCUGUGAACAGGAAGAAGAAGCAGCAUGCGGAUCCCGCCAAGGCAGUGCCGGGAGUGUCUCUGCGUGACAUGACAGGGGAUCUCUUGGCGGCGCAGCGCCCGGCCGGGCGAUCGCUCGUGCGCUGCAUGUCCACGGGCAGUUUGUCUCACGUGACGCCCGAGGGGAAGGCGAAGAUGGUGGAUGUGAGUGGGAAGAGCGUGAGCCGGCGCGAGGCCAGAGCGAGAGCCGUGGUGUCCGUGGGGCCCACAAUCUCCCAUCUCAUUCGCAGCAAUGAGAUCCGCAAGGGUGACGUGCUGUCCGUGUCGAAGAUCGCCGCAAUUCUCGCGUCCAAGCGCACAUCAGAGAUCAUUCCGCUGUGCCACAACAUUCCGCUGAGUCUGGUGGACGUGACCACGAAGCUCAACACGCGCACGCACGAGGUGAUCGUGGAGGCGCUGGUGCGCUGCGACGGGAAGACGGGCGUCGAGAUGGAGGCGCUCACGGCCGUCACGGUGGCCUCGCUCACGAUCUACGACAUGUGCAAGGCCGUGUCGCACGACAUCGUCAUCCGGGACGUGAUGCUGGUGGCGAAGUCCGGCGGCAAGAGCGACUACAAGCGCCAGGCGAUCGAGAAGGCGGACGACAGUGAGGAUGGAAAUCUCAAGGAGAUCACGCUCAAGUACAAUCGUGAUCCUCACGAUGAGAAAGACGAGCGAUUCUAUCCCACGCCAAUUUAGUCCUGCUUCUCUUUCUCUUUUCCCCCCUCUUUUCCUGUGAUUGGCACGCAAACACUCUGUCCUUAGCAGCAGCCACGAAAUCCUGUGCAUUCUCUCCAGCAGCUACGCGCAUUGUCCCUAAUCCCGCCGCAAAACCAGGGAUACUGAGUGAUGAAUUCGCUAAAAUCUCGACAAAAGACUGAUAAAGACACUUUGUUGGUUUUAUUAGCGACAAUUUUGAGAAUAUGCUAAUAAAAUCAACGACUUUUGGAUUGAAAAUCGAGUCAAUAUAAGUUUAGUUAAAGCCAAAUGAAAUCUCUAUGUUGAAUUUUUGUUUAGACGUGCCAUUUUUCUUUCAGAACUAAUUAUCAGUUUUGCUCCAGUCUUAAAGUAUACGAUCUUUUGAAGCGUGAUAAUCUCAUUUCCAAAGUCUCCGGAACUGUUUUUCUUCUAUCGAAUAUGCUUUUAUGCCAAAAAGAACCAAGAGAAAAUAUGCAGCUAAUGGCUAGUUUCCAUCCUCAGUAUCCCUGCUCUUGCAGCUGAAGCUCCCAGAAGAGCAAAUAUAUAUUGUUUUACAUCUCUUGCAUUGACUUUUUAAAGGCUUUUAUACAUUGUUAUACUCACGGAGGAAUAAUAAAAUCUAUUUUGUAUAAUCGUUUUACUGGAAA